AUGACGCUCGCUUCCUUCCGAGUUUCGCUGGGCGUGGGUGGAGUCUUGUCUCUGAUAUCGAAAGCUGACGUCUCGACCCUCGUCACACUGAAUGGGGCGCCCUGCUCAGUUGACAGCAUUGUCAUCCGCAAUGUUUGCAUCAUAGGGAGAGGCUCUACGGGCACGUACUCAGCCAUCCGCUUAUUAUACCUGGGGAAAAACAAUAGUGGUGGUGGAAUCAGUCCAGAUCAGGCGGGCAUAUCGAGACAUACACAGAUCCAAUGACCAAGGGAUUUGUGGAUUAUGAUGCUGUUGCAUGGCAUGAUUUGGAUAUUGUUGGGAAACACUUUGCCGGUUUUAAUAUAUCCCUAGAGAAAGUUGGCCCUGAAGAAGUUUAA